CCGCCGCUCCGAGCAGCAGCGACACGAAUUACACGGGAACGGAGACGUGUUCAGGGUACAAUCAAUGGUGAGAAGACACGCAAACACCUAAAAUUCUCGGCCAACAGCUAUUUACCUGGAAAAAUACUUAACCGAACACCGCCAUGGGUAACCGUGUUCCGCGUGAGGACUACGAAUGGGUGUACACAGACCAGCCUCACGCCGACAGGAGGAAACAGAUCCUCGCCAAAUAUCCAGAGAUCAAGUCACUGAUGGGCCCUGACCCAAGGCUCAAAUGGAUUGUGUGUUUGAUGGUUGCCAUCCAGUUUCUAGCCUUCUAUCUGAUCAAAGACCUGGACUGGAAGUGGGUCUUGUUCUGGACUUAUACAUUUGGAAGCUGUGUCAACCACUCUAUGACACUUGCUAUUCAUGAAAUCUCUCAUAACACAGCUUUUGGAAACAACAAGGCAAUGUGGAAUCGUUACUUUGCUAUGUUUGCAAACCUGCCUAUUGGCCUGCCAUAUUCAGCCUCUUUCAAGCGCUACCACCUGGACCAUCAUCGCUACCUGGGUGGAGAUGGGGUGGAUGUGGACAUCCCCACAGAGUUUGAAGGCUGGUUCUUCUGCACCCGUUUUCGCAAGUUCAUCUGGAUCAUUCUGCAGCCACUUUUCUAUGCCGUACGGCCACUGUGCAUCAACCCCAAGCCCAUCUCUCAACUGGAGAUUACCAACCUACUCAUCCAGACCAGCUUCAAUGUUCUACUGUUCUGGCUGUGGGGGGCUAAGCCUGUGGUCUACAUGCUUGCUGGCUCAUUGUUGGGGAUGGGCCUGCACCCCAUCUCUGGUCAUUUCAUUGCAGAGCACUACAUGUUCCUUAAAGGCCAUGAGACCUACUCAUAUUAUGGGUCACUCAACCUGCUGACGUUCAAUGUGGGCUACCAUAACGAGCACCACGACUUCCCAAGCAUCCCCGGACGCAGGCUGCCCAUGGUAAAGAAGAUUGCUGCAGAGUACUAUGAAGGCCUGCCCCAGUAUACGUCGUGGGUCAGAGUUCUGUACGACUUUAUCAUGGAUGACACACUUAGUCCAUACUCCCGCGUCAAGAGAAAACUCAAAGGAGACGUUAAACAGGAGUAAACCGAAAAAAUACCAACCCUCCUCCUCUUACAGCUCUGUUCUGCCACAGUCUCACAGAACCUGGCAGACUUGAACUGUAUAAAGCAGGCUGAGUGCAACAUCUAGGGUACAAGCCUGAGUGACACAAUUGCAGGACUAAAGUCAAUUCUAUUCUGGGACUAAUUUAUUGCUUUCACUUUUUUUUUUUGACACUUACUAAAAUAUAUGAUGUAACUAGAGCAUUUAAUCUUUAACAUGUUUGCUGCCAUCCAUUUGUCGACAUGUUUUGACAAAUUUAGAUAAAUUAAGAUUAAUUAGAAUGUUUUAAAGGCAAAAAGUUAAGUAGCCCAAACACCUGUUGAACUUUGAACUUGUGUCCAUUGCUGCCACAGCUGUUUUGAAAGAUAAACUGAGUGGACUCUUGCUGAUUGUUUGAGCUGUUUUGAUGACCCCAUGCACAUGUCCAGGUGUUACUGAUUAAGUGCCUUCUGUUCAUUCCUCAGAUGUAUGUAUUAAAAAGAUUUAAAGUCGCAUGUACGAGUUAUGUUGUUCAGAAGCAUUUGUUCCACUUUAAUUUAGUUUAAAUUUAAACAUACCCAGCAAUUUAAAUCUAUAUCUUUAAAUAAUUUGUCUCUCAGUCUCACUUGAACAACUUAGUUGGAUGUAAAAAUUUUAUUCUAUGUAAACUAAUAAAAUUAUAUUUAUUUUACUUUAGAUGCAUUUGUCAAUAUGCCAGGUACAAAACAAAAUUUAUAUGCCUAAUCCCUUUUCAACUAAAAUAUGUUCACAGCUUCAGAAGCCUCCUGUUCCACUUGUAAGGAUGUUUUCUCCCUCGUGUAUGCUCUUGUUUGUUGUGAAGACCAGCUGAUGCAAACUGCUCUUGAUGUUUAAGACUAGUCAUAACUUAAAUCAAUCGUGAGAAGACACGCAAACUCAUCCACUUGAAUCUUGAGCCCUCUGCACUAAUAACUUUUGUGCCCAGUGUGGAGCAGGCAUAAUCCUGGGACAGCAUUAUAAACAAGUGGACCGUUAGAUGCUUUAGGGUAGUAUUGUGAACAGCUUUGUGAAUGAGCAGCUUUUAUGCAACCAUCAAUCUUCUUCUGCUUAUCCUGUGCUGGGUCACAGGGGUAGCAGUCUAAGCAGGGACUCCCAGACUUCCUCCACCCCAGACAUGUCCUCCAGCUCUUCCGGUAGGACCCCAAGGUGUUUCCAGGCCAGCUGAGAGACAGUCCCUCCAGCGUGUCCUGGGUGUUCCCCGGGGCCUGCUCCUGGUGGGACAUGCCCAGAACACCUUCCUAGGGAGGCAUCCUGAGCAGAUGCCCGAGCCACCUCAGCUGGCUCCUCUCGACUUGUAGGAGCAGCGUCUCUACUCCAGGCUCCUCAACCUAUAUCUAAGGAAGCACCCAGCCACUCUGCGGAGGAGCUCUGGGUAGUGUCCUUUCGGUCAUUACCCAGAGCUCAUGACCAUAGGUGAGGGUAGGAAUGUAGAUUGACUGGUAAAUCGAGAGCUUUGCCUUUUAUGCAACCUUUUGUUAAAAUUACUGUAGAUCAGAGUCAGAUUGAGCUGAUACUAGGAGGAACGAGAAGAGGCCUGCACUCUGAUACAGUGCUAGUGCAUGGGCAUCUGUUAGACCCAGCAUUGUAGCCUUGUGAAUGAGCAGCUUUUGCACCAAUCCUGAUCUGUUCCAAACUGUAGCAGUCAGACAGAGCUGAAGGGGAGGGGUGCGCGAGAGCCUGGGAGUGCAUCCGGAUUGUGUGGCAACAGUGGCAGGUACUGUUGUGACUUGAAUGAGAAUGAAUGAACAUCCCGUUCCGAUGUAUAAGCACACACUCAAAAAUACCUUUUAUAUGGUUUAGAAUUGAUCAAGUUUGUCAACUACAUUGUAUUUUCGCAUUUGAGUGCUUGUAUGCAACUAUUAUGUGGGUUCUGCCAAAGUGACUUUGUCCCAAACCCACCUAUUAUUUCAGCAACGUCUGACUUACAAAUUAAACACUGUUAAACACUCAGGGAUUGUGCAUGUCUGGGCUG